AUGGAAGGUGAAGGAGUGUAUGUUCCUGCUUUCAGAAGGAAGGAGAAAACGAUCGACGCGGAGCGAGAAUCAUGGGACGAGCUCAAGAGAAGAAUCAACGCCUUGGUGAACAAGGUAAGCGUUCACAAUCUGCGUCAUGUAGUUUCGGAACUCUUCGAAGAGGAUCUAAUUAGAGGCAGAGGUCUUUUGUGUAGAUCAUGCAUGAAAUCUCAGAUCGCUUCUCCUAGCUUCACCGACGUGAUCGCCGCUUUGAUCGCUGUCGUGAACUCCAAGCUCCCUUCGAUCGGCGAUCUCUUGUUGAAAAGGUUGGUUCUACAGAUCAGACGGGAUUUUGAUCGUAACGACAAGCCUCUGUUGCUGGCCGUAGUUAAGUUCCUCACGCAUCUCGUGAACCAGCGAGUGGCUUGCGAGAUUAUCGCCCUCGAGGUUAUACACAUGCUUCUUCGUAAGCCUACGGAAGACACCGUCGAGGUCGCUGUUGUGUUUGUGAGAGAGUGUGGAGCUUUGCUUCUUGACCUCUCCCCGAGGCGUUUCGACGUGAUUUUCGACGUUUUUCGGAGGGUUGUUCAGGAAGGGGAUUUGGAGUUUAGGUCUCGGUGUUUGAUUGAGUCUUUGGUCGCUCUUAGGAGGUCUAAUUUCGAGGGUUAUCCAGCGGUUCGUGAUGAGUUGGAUCUCGUGGAUUCGGACGAGAAAGUGAUGCAUGUGAUCUCUCUGUAUGAUGAGUCUGAUCCUGAGACUUCUCUUGAUGUCUACAAGGCUGACCCUGAGUUCCACCACAACGAGAAGAAGUAUGAGAAUCUGAAAAGGAACAUACUUGGCGAGCAAGAAGAUGAUGAUGAUGAUGAUGAACGGACGCUUAUACAAGACCAUACAGAAACUGAUCUUGUAAGUCUGAGGAGGACAAUUUAUCAGACGAUCAUGUCGACUCUUAAUUUCGAGGAAGCAGGGCAUAAGCUGCUCCAAAUCCGACUCGAACCAGGUCAGGAGAUGGAGCUAUGCGUUAUGAUCCUAGAAUGUUGCGCUGAGGAGAAGACUUAUCGUCCUUUCUAUGGUCACUUAGCACAAAGGUUCUGCCUAAGAAGCAAAACGUACAGAGAAUGUUUCGAGGAUCUCUUUGUGCGGCAGUACGCGACGGUUCAUCGUCUAGAGACGAAUAAACCGAAGAAUGUAGCCAUUUUCUUUGCUCACGUGCUAGCCACGGAUGCUCUUCCGUGGCGUGUACUCGCCAAUGUGAGUCUGACAGAGGAAGACACAACAUCUUCUUCCCGUAUCUUUCUCAAGAUUCUUUUCCAAGAACUCUGUGAGCAAAUGGGGAUGAGAGCUUUGAAUGAGAAGCUUCAGGAUCCGACCAUGGAGGAGACUUUCGAGUCAAUCUUCCCCAAAGACCAUCCUAAGAACAUGAGGUUCUCCAUCAACUUCUUCACCUCUAUUGGACUUGGGGACAUCACUGAAAAACUCAGGCAGCUCCUGAUAAAUUAAAGCGUCAGAGGAUUUAUAGAUG